AUGCCUGGAAGAGUCGCCGGCUCGUCAGCCAAAGGCGCCGCUGCUGCCUCGAAACCACGCUCUUCUCGAACCGCAAGAGCCGCUGCCUCGUCGCCAGCUACCAACAUUCCCGACGAAGGUCCUACCACCAAACUGCGAAACCACGUCGCUGCCGUCUUCUCGGAUGCCCAAAAGUCAAACACUGGCCACCGAAAGCUGGUUAUCAACCUGCGAAAGAUUCAAGAGGCCUGCUGUUAUGAGCCUCUGAGCUCCAAGAAGAACCACGCCGAGUACGACUUUGACGAGGAUGAUUUCAACACUGAAGUCGUGCGCUGUGUCCUGCGUGUCCUGCCCAUCAAGAAGAGCGAGACUGUCGGCGACCGAAUUGUCAAGUUUUUGGGAAUCUUCUUGCGAGUCGCCAGCGAGAAGGACAAUCAACUUGUAGCCGAUCAAGAUGGUGCCCUUCCAGAGACUCCUACUUCGCGCCUGACCAAUGCCAUUCUCAACACUUUAUUACAGCUCCUCUCGACCAAAGACAAGAUUGUGCGAUUUAGAGCCACCCAGAUCAGCGCCCACAUUAUCAACACUCUCGAUACUCUGGAUGACCAAAUGUUCCAUCUGCUGCGCUUGGCCCUGCUCAAGCGCAUCCACGACAAGGAGUCCUCGGUCCGAAUGCACGCCAUAUACGGCUUGAGUCGACUUGCUGCUGAACUCGAUGAAGAUCAACAGGACGAGGACAGCGACGACGACGAUGCCAGCUCGGGCGUCUUGGAAAAACUACUCAACGUCCUACAGAAUGACCCAUCUGCCGAAGUCCGCCGAGCUCUUCUUCUCAACCUUCCUCUCACGCCAACAACCCUCCCAUACCUGCUCGAACGCGCAAGAGACUUGGAUGCUGCGACACGUCGCGCAUUGUACGCUCGCCUUCUGCCUGCAUUGGGCGACUUCAGACAUCUCAGUCUGACGCACAGAGAGAAACUGCUUCGAUGGGGCCUUCGCGAUCGUGAUGAAACAGUCCGCAAAGCCACUGCUCGUUUGUUCAGAGAGCGCUGGAUCGAGGACUGUGCUGCUUUGCCUGCCGCCACAGCUCCAGAAGAAGAGACGGAAGAUGGCAAGAAAAAGCCUGGAGUCACAAAAGCUGCCGAUCCCAGCCUCGAUGCACUUCUAGAAUUGCUCGAGCGCAUCGACGUCGCAAACUCUGGAAAUGCUGGAGGCGUGGCUCUUGAAGCCAUGAGUGAGUUCUGGGACGGCCGCCCUGACUACAGAGAGUAUGUCACUUUCGAUUCUGAAGCCUUCUGGGAUGAAAUAUCUCCAGAAAGUGUCUUUGUUGCUCGCACGUUCAACGACUAUUGUCGCGCCAAGGAUGCUCAAGGCGAAGGAAGAUUACUGGACAUGCUGGAAAUGAAGAUGCCCGAAGUCACAAAGUUCGGUUUCCUGCUCGAGAUUCAGAUCAACAAGCUGAUUGAAUGCGUGCGUGGGGCUGCUUCUGGCGGACCGGACGGAGAUGGCGAUGAAGAGAUGGAAGAGGAGAGUGUUCAGCGCGAGUUCAUCGUUGAACAGAUGCUUCACAUGGCUCUUAGCUUUGACUACAGUGACGAAGUUGGUCGCAGAAAGAUGUUUGGCCUCAUGCGCGAAGCUCUCACCAUGCCUGAAUUACCAGAAGAGUCGACCAGGCUGGCAGUGGAAACGUUGCGUCUGGUCUGCGGAGAUGACAGAAGCGAUAAAGGCGAGAGCGAUUUCUGCGGCAUUGUCCUUGAAGCCAUUGCUGAAGUUCAUGAUACUAUCAUGGGUGACGAAGGCGACAAGACGAAAAGCUCGACAGGAGAGGAGAGUUUCCAUUCUGCCAGAAGUGAGGUCAGCAACGAUGAUUCGGCGAGAAGAGCUAAGAACUCUAAACGUUCGGAGAACGACGACGAGGAAGAAGAGGACGACGACGAGGAGAAAGCUAUCCGUGAGAUCAUGGUCAACAUGAAGUGCUUGCACAUCGCACAGUGCAUGCUUCAGAACAUCCAAUGCGAGCUCGAGCAGACGGCUCCUUUGGUGACCAUGCUCAACAACCUUGUUGUUCCAGCGAACCUUGCGCAAGAGAACAUUACCCUCUUCUUGCACUGUUUCGCCAGGGGUCAUGCAUCUUUACAAACCAUCUGCCUUCAGAUCAUCACAGAUAUUCUCACAACACACCCGUCGCUACUAGCUCCUGUUGCAUCAUCAGGUGACGGCGACGAGACAUCGGCCACAGUUUCUGCUACCGAACCCUCGCCAUAUUUGAAGCCUGUUCUCAAGACGUUUUCAAAGUCUCUGAAAUCCGAAGAUGUGGAUGUCCAAUCGACUGGCGCAUCGGCGUUGUCGAAGCUCAUGCUUUCGCAGUUGAUCACAGAACCUGACUUGCUCAAGAGUCUGGUCAUCGCAUUCUUCGAUCCCGAGACCAGCGCCAAUGCAUCUCUCAGACAAGCACUGACAUACUUCUUGCCUGUGUACUGUCAUUCGAGGGCGGCAAAUGCUGAAAGAAUGGCUACUAUUGCUACAGGAGUCAUCGCUCGCCUUGCUGCUCUUAGAGAAGCUUUCAUCGAGGAUGAGGACGUCGAAGAAGGCGAGAUGGUUACGCUGAGUGUAGUCGGCGGCAUGCUCGUUGACUGGACAGAUCCCCGCAAGGUGAUUGGCAGCAGCGAAGAAGCAAAGACUGGCAAGCUCAGAGUCGAAGAGGGAGCUGCUCCUGACAGCGAUAUGAUCCAUUUCGUGCUUGCGGAGCAAAUCCUUGAGAAGCUGGUCCUGUUCUCAAUGCUCAGCAAGCUUCACCUGGCCGUUUCUUCUCCGGACCCUGGCCUUCUCCGUACUGUUCUUGAGCUGGUCGCAGAGGCAAUCGAGUCCAAGGUGGCAUCCGACGCAACCAGUCGCAACGCUCUUGCCAAGAUGCAGACGACAUUGCUCAAGCUCAUGCACGACAUUGCAACCGCAGAAAGAGGUGGUGGCGGCGAGGAGACGGUAGUCGAGGAUGUCACUGCUGUGCAAAGGACAGACGUUGAUGAGACAGCACAGUCUGUGACAGGUGCAGAUCCCGGAGAAGAGGAAGAAGAAGGGGCGACAGAAGUUGAAGCUGAAGACGAUCCAGUCAAUGCACAGUUGAGACGAGAACUCGAGUCAACACGGAUUGAGGAUCCGGAUGCCGAGGGCACGAGGAUGGACAUUGAUGAGGAGAUGGAAGACUACGACUUCAGUGGCAUGGCCGACGACAAGGAUGUUCAGGCAUUGAUGGACAGCAUGGUGGAUGACGAUGAUGACUUGAUCGAGUAA